UGAAAGGCCUCGGGAACGCCAUGGCGGCGUCCCAGUCCCACCACCACGACCAUGGCGGCAACUACGGGCCGGUGGUCGGGAUGUUGUUCUUCAUCGCGAUCGUCACCGCCGGCUCGUUGGCCCUAGCCCGAUACUGCGUUGGGUCUCAGGCCCUCCAACGGACUGGCUAUGACCUGGACGCCUACGUGCAGCGCAAGUUCGCCGUGUGCGUCGGCACGGGCCUCCGCCCCGUGAAGAAGCAGGCGUGCCAGCCUGCGGCUGCGGAGGAGGUGGAGGCGGCGGCGGCAUCGGAGCCCUCUGCGGAACAGGAGGGAGAGGAGGGCGCCGGAGAUCCGCAGGAUAGAAAUCAGUGA